AUGGCCGCCGACCCGGUGCCCGCGCCCGCACCCGCGCUGCCCGACGUCGUGCUGAGCCCCGACGCCGUGCUCAAGGACAACGUCACCUGGCGCUACGGCAAGGCGCCCGACUACUCGCGCACGCGCCAGUUCUACCAGGAGGGUGAGCAGAUGGCCCUUAGAGAGAGAGAGAAGAGUAUAUUUGCUGACCGGCCAGGCAAAACGCGCAGCCACGAGCCCGGCAGCCUGCCGGCGCUGGUGGAGAACCUGGUGAAGAACUGGGAGAUCGAGGCGUCGUUCAAGACGAAGCUGUCGGAGUGGCGCACGGUGGACCCGAGCUGCUACAAGUUCUCGUUCAACGGCGGGCCGGCGCAGGACGGCAACCACAUGCUGCGGGUGGGCACGUACAACGCGCUCAUCCCGGCCAACGAGUACUACGACCCGGACAAGCUCGACUUCGCCAUGAGCCACAAGGCGUUCAAGCGCAUGAUGCCGACGUUCGCGUGGGAGGUGCUGGACGUGUACAGCGGGCCGCCGUGCGUGGUGUUCAAGUGGCGCCACUGGGGGGUGAUGCAGAACGACUACGCGGGCAUGAACGACAAGGGCCAGAAGGUCACGGCGAAGGCGCACGGCGGCAUGAUCGACAUCCAGGGCAUGCUGGUGGCGCGCGUCAACGAGCAGCUGCAGAUCGAGUCGAUCGAGGUGUGGUACGACCCGCUGGAGAUGUUCCGGCAGAUCGCACGCGACGGCAGCGCGGUGUCGACGUCGUCGCGCGUCGGGCUGGGGCUCAAGGGCGGCAAGCCGGCGGGCUGCCCGGCCAUGCAGCAGUGGGCCGGGCCGUAG